UAGCGGCAGCAGCAGUCAUUCCGCCAUUUUGGCUAUCAGUUUUGUUUGUUUGUUGUGAGAGUGCAGAAGUUACGGAUUAAGACGGAGGAAAUCAGUUGCCACCGAAAUCAAACAGCGCCAUGGACAUGUCCCUGCAGGGUAAAGGCCAUAUGUCCGAAGAGGAGGAUGACCUGGAACUGCUCAGAAUGGCAGCUCUGCAAACGCUCAAGAAACCAGAGAAAGCUGACAAUCAUCACCAUGGCAGAGGUGGUAAGUCAGCGCUUCAGAUGCCGUACAGCCACAACAAGUUUGGCAAUGCAAAGAGGAUGUGGGGUUUCCAUCAUUCAGGACCAGGUCGGGGCGCCAGAAAUGGUCAAUUCAAUGGGAGAGUUAGGAGCACCAACCUGAUUGCGAUACAGACGGCGCCAGAGCUGCCCCAGGAGAAAGUCAUGGAAAUCCCCAAGUUGACGUUGCCCCAAGACAGGUAUUGCAAUAACAACACAGUGAAGGGGGAGACUAAAGAGGAGAAGAGCAAAUUCAAUCGAUACGACAAGUCUGACAAUGACUCUGAUAGUGAGGAUGAGCAGUUGGAGAAUGAAAAAUCUGAUGGUGACACGAGUCCUGGCAAAUUGAAAAGGGCCAACAGCUUGGAGGCUCUGAUGCAGGAGCUUGAGUAUGAGAUAUCUGGGGAGAAAGUCCCGAAAGUCACAAAAGCUAAGCCUAAAAAGGUUAAGGUCAAGAGGCAAAAUUCUGAAAGCGAAGAUGUUAAAGUUGAAGAGAAAACUGUUGUUAAAGAGGAAGUGAUUGUUAAGGAGGAACCACCAGUGAAAAAAGAUGAGGAAAUAAAAUCGCCCAUCGCAAAUAGAAAGACUUCGCCGAUUAAGGAGCAACCGGUGAGGAAGGACUUUUAUUCUAAUAAAAUGCAUUACGUUAAGAACGUGAGGCCGUACACGCAGCCACCUCUGAUCGUUAAUAAUCCGGUGCCUGUGUUGUUUCAUCCGUUAAUACCGCCGCCAAAUUUCCCGCAGAGGCCUUUAUCUCCGCUCAACAUAAACACCGGUUUAAGUACGAUCACUAUGGCGCCGCUGUCGCCGAGAAGUGCGGCGUUCGUGAUGCAGAACAGGGAGAUAAUUGAGAGGCGGAAGAAGUCGCCGAGACGAUCGUUUUCGCGCUCUCCAUCGCCGACACAGAGGCCCGUUAUCAGGAAAUCGAGGAGUCCAUCGCCGAGGAGGUAUCCUCGAUCAGCAUCUCCAAAGAGAGUAUCGCCUGUAAGACGCGCAGCGCCGAGAAGAGUGACCUCUCCCCGACGCAGAAACUCUACCGAGAGGAAGGUUUCACCGAAAGCAUCGCGCAAAUCUCCGCCCAAAUUAUCUGUGCGCGAUCGUUUGGGUACGAGGAAGGAGGAGGAGGCGACGCCGGCGGCAGCACCCGUCGUUAAAAGGAAACGCACUCCAACGCCUGAACCACCAGCAUCUCAGAGCGACGAUCCCGUUUUGGAGGCGAGAAAGAAGAAAUUCCAAGACACGAAACCAAUCAAGGAGGGGAUCAUCAGAUUGAAACAGAAAGCGGAUGACUGUGCAGCUGUUGCGGUGGAGGUGCCGACGCCACCCGAAGAGGAAAAUGCGGAGACAGACGAUCUCCUGGAGUUGGACGCUGGCGAUAUGAUGGACGAUAUCUUCUCCGACGAUGAAUCGGAAAAUGAGGACAACGAGGGCAGAUUUAAAUCGGCGACGACGUCGCGACGCAACGUCUCGCUGUUGCCGUUCUCGCAGCUGGUG